UCAGAUUGGGAUUUAAGAAGUAAUUAAUUCACAAUGUGAGCAACACUCAGUGUUGAGUAUGUUAGACAGACAAUUGCAGACCCUGUAGAACAGAUGCAAGUGUUGAGUGUCUUUUUGAGGACAUCAAAAUUUGUUGCCUUUCACAAAAGAUUUCAUAACCACAACAUCACUCAAGAUGUUCAGAAUACUUUUAGAUAUCCUAAGGUGUUUUUUAAUAUCUUAGCUCUAGUUCUGCUUUGAUGCAGGGGAACAAAUAAAGUCAGCUGACUGCCUUUUUUUGCUUUAAGCCACACGUCAACAGCCCCAUCUGUUGAUUGUGAGCUGGGUGAAGUCCAUCUGGAGGUCCUUCUGGAUGAGCUGAGUUUUUGUCUCAGACAUCAAAACGAUGAUAUUCACUGAACAAGAAAAUCAUCCUGUGGGUUUUCAUUAAAAAGUUUAGCCCGAUUCAAACUGCAAGUUUCAAAAUUAACACAGGAAAACACAUUUGAGAUUUUCUGCUCAAAAUCCUGACUAUAAAACACCAAAGUUAAAUUUACUGAAAACCACAGUUUUAAUAAACAUGGCUGCACCAACACCCUAAAAUAGGACAGACUUUGUAAAUAUGGAAUAUGAUAUUCAUAAGUAUGUUUAAAUCAGUUUAAAAUCACCUGAAUACAAAAUAAUCAUGUUUGUGUUUAUUUGGAAUGAGCCUUUCUAUCUGCACAAAAGCCAGUGCCCUCACACAGAAACUGUCACCUUGCAUGUCAUGUUCUCACAGCAUAGAACAGACACAAUAGUGACACUAGUAACAUCUUUGUAUUUAGUGAGUUGCUGCUCAAUAUAAUUGCCAGUAUGUAAUACAUCAUUGUGAUACUAGAAAGUGACAGUUUUCUAUUCAUAGGGCUGCAUCUAUUGGUCAUUGUCAUUAUAGAGUAUUUUCUGCCAUUUUAUUUCUAAGGCUAACCAAUGAAAAGCUGAACCUUUCAAUGAUCAAAAUAAAAACAAAAACAAAAAUGUCAAACCAUUACUUCAACUCUCCAAAGGUGAUUAUUUACUGUUAUCAAAUGAUAAACGAAAAUACUUUAUUCUUACAUUUACAAACUCAAAGCAGCGUUUGCUUGGUUUGCUUGAAACAUCACAACAUAACUAAAAUUGAAACAUAAAAUUCUAUAGCUUAACUAAUCAAUAAAGUGAGUGAUCAUUGGAGAUCUUUCACACAGACAGAAAAUCUAGAAAUCUUAAUUUGAUUUCAGACAGGUGACAAAAAGUCGUGGAAAAAAAAGUCCUUCUGAGUUUGUUUACCUUCCUCUGGCUUGAUUUCAAGUGCCAGGGGCAGACCUACGCGAUGACGUUAUACGUUUCAUCACGACGUCGUGCGUACACUCUUGCUGCCUCUGCUGUGCUAGCUCGGUGGCUAGUUUGUGUGCCGCUGCUUUCCUUCUGCUGUUGUCGCCUGAGGGUAACCUCCUCGUAACUGCUCUAAACUUCUCUGGUUAGCGGUUUAACAUUCCCAAGGGCGUCUGAGUGUCCGUGUCGGGCCGUCGCUAUGGCUCUGCAAGGCCCGGAGGAGCUGGGGGAGCAAGUCGAAGAGCCAGAGGACCUGGACGACCAGGACGCUAGUAGCAUCUCCCCGGCUGAGGAGAUAACUCUCCCUCCCGGGCCUGGAGGCGACGAAGAGCCGGAGGAGGCUCUCCUGCUGCCCUGGGACCGCUUCUCCACCUGGCUGCACUGCAUCUGUGUGGUCGGCUUUGACCUGGAGCUGGGACAAGCAGUGGAGGUAAGGCACGGCUGGGUCAUGUAACUCCUCCUCACAGCGGCUGAAAAUGCCUAAGUUAGCAGUUAUCAAGGGCUGCGGCUAUUUCCUGGAUGGGAAUACCCAAACCUCUCUGUCUGAAUUUAAGUCUGGUCCUUUGUUUAGUUCCUCUGUAAUCCAGUUGCGCUCAAAUAUUCAGACACAAAUGCUGCCUAAGUGUAAUAAUGUUGAAUGUAAGACCAUGAGGUCUGUGGUAGCUAAGGUAAAUUGUAUAUGACUUGUUCCCCAGGAGUUAGUCUAUCCCAACAGCUUCUCUGCAGAUUCUAUUUAACAAGGUGUGUUUUACUUAAUGUUCUCUGCAAAGAGGAGCAUAUAUCUAUUGUUUUUAUCGCUGAUGAGUCAGGAAAGGCAUCUCUCACAUGUAGGGUUCGUAGGGUGUGUAUCCAUCUGAAUUCUCUUAUGAUAACCAAAUAAAAACACCUGUUGUCCUCAGAAGAGGUCAGAUACAGAGCCUCUGAACUGAUCCAAAGUAAUUACCGCUUUUGUCUGCUCAAUAGUUCAGCUGCACAUUCCUGCAAAGCUUUCUAUUUCACUUUCUCUUCGAACUGAGACAGGACUCACACUCUUGCUUUGUCUUUUAACACAGAAAUUUGUGAUUUGAGAUUGAGUUUGGUUGCAGUUGUUUUAGAGAUUAAGGAAUUUGGAGGCUGUUAGUUUUAGCAUCCUGCUGUCAAGUGUCAGCAAAUUGUGAAAACUGUGUGUCACAAGUUUCAUAAAGUUGUGGGGGUGUUUUUCAUGUCCCUGUCUGCCUGGAGUCAAAAGACUGACAGAUUUGGUUUACACAGUUUUUAUGUUAAUAGUCGCUGAUUUAAUGUACAGUCAAAUGCUUAAGCUUCACAUCAUUUCUGUUCCAACAUCCAACAUUAUAUUUGUGUUAAUUGUUUCUUUCUCUUCCAGGUUAUUUAUCCACAUCAUUCCAAGCUGUCAGAAAAAGAGGUGAGUCAGAGUGAUUUUACAUCAAAAGAUUUAAUUUUCAAGAUAUCCAUCAUUAAUGCUGAUAAUCUUAUCAGUCAGAGCUUACCCGAUAGAUUGAACCUUGAAGGGCAGUGAAGCUUUGUGGACUAUUUCUUGAUUAUUUAUUAUUUGGUCAUUUUAUCUUAAAUUGUAUAUCAGAGCCUUUCCCAUGGUUGUGUCUAACUUUGCAGUAAGUCAUUUAUUGGUUCAUAUGUUAUUUUUUUAGAGGAAAAUGCAGGGAUAUUGUGAUAGUUUAAUGAUGUAUUUAAGCUUUUAUUUUGAUAGUUUUUGUAGUUGUUGCUCUCUGUCACCUGUGUAAAAAUGGACAGAUAGGAUAGGAUGAGUGGACACCAGAAAGGAGAAAAUUUAACCAUAACAUGCCACAAAAAUACAAGGACACCACUGACUGUUGGAGAGAUUAGCUUUUUUUUUUUUAAUUGACAAAAAAAGAAAAUGUGAUGACAAAAGGAGUAAAACUGCUGCCGGGUCUUUGUUUCUGAGCAUUACAGGAGCUCUUUGGAUGCUUCAGGCUUGAUGAAUUUAUUGCUUCUUGUCUUAAUUUUACACAGCAAAUGUCUUUAAAAAGGAAAAAAAAAACCAUAAAAACAAAAAAUGUGUUUUUGCUGUAGAUUUACAAUUUAGUGUGAUCCUACCUACAAUCCACUCUGUUUUUACAUGCGUUAAGGAAGCUUAUCUCCAAGUAUCGCCUGUGGUAUAACAGCGUGAUAACAUCACUGAGAGAACCCAAACAGAUAAAAGUCUCUUCUCUUUCAGAAAACGAGUAUCUGCUACCUUUCUUUCCCUGACUCCAACUCAGGUGAGUUCCUGUUACACCUUCAUAAUGUCUUGAUUAAUUUUACUGUGUCAUGUGGAAACUGUGUGAAACACACCGCCUUGCUUUAAAAUGGAUCUUUGAUUGAAGAAACAGCUUCCAUUUAAAACACAGAGUAUGAAUGAAUAAAGAAACACAGUCAUGAAUAAAAACAGCAAAAGGGAAUCAGUGCCUGACUUGUGCAGAUGUGCAGUGAUAGAGGAAACUCUGCCAUAAUAAAGUCAGAGCCGGUAGUUAAAUUGCAUUUCCCUAAAAUGGAAAAAAUGAUGUCAAGAUUUUAUAAAGAGAGACACUGAGCUGUUUCAACACAAAGAUAGUUUUGCACAAUUAUUGUCAAGGCCUUGCUGUGUUACAGGUGUGUUCCAAUGAAAACUGUACUUUCAUUUUAAAGCAAUAAUUGUCAUAUAAGGUUAAAAUGUAGGGCAGCACUUUCAAUUUCUAUUGCACCAGAUGAGCAGGUAUAUUGAUUUCACUUUUAUUUUUUGAAGCGUUUUACGGGUUACAAAAGCAGCUGCAGCCUCAACAGUGAGAAUUUUGAUGGAGGUAAUGGCAGGCUGAAAAAGGUCAGUCCGGUAAUUGUGUGACAUUCAAACGUCUUUAGUUUUUUUUUUUAAUAGAAUAGAAGUAACAUCAGCGGCAGAAUUUCAGUACCAUUUCUACUCUAAAGCAAACUCUCAAGGCUGGUUUUAAGCAUUGCUGUUUAAUAUUUUUGUGACUUUUUGACCCCCCCCCCCCCGCUUGCAAUAUUGACAUGGACUUAUUGUAAGACUGGUUUGUGCUCAAGUCCUCUUUUUUCUGUGAAGCUCCGUUUUUAAAAGUUAUUUGGGGGUUCAUGUUUUCUAUGAUUGACACUUGAUACAGCCUAUAGGCGUACGAAGAUUGCGUAGCUCACGUGGUGGAUACGCCGUUUGAGCCGAGCGUCAUCACAGCGACUCUCGACAACUCUCCCGCCGAAUGCACUCAAUGCUACUGCGCAAGUAAUGGAGUUCAAUGCUACUGUGCAAAGUUGGUUUCAGGAAGUGGAGAAAAAAAAAGCGAAAACCGAGAGUUUUUUGGCUUCAAAUCCGUAUACUGGCAGAAGGCGGAACCAAGUUGUCCAUUGUAUAUACAGUCUACGAGCUGCACCAAGACACAGCUGUUAACAUAAUUUGAAACAAGAAGAAGCCCAAAGAAAAUGAGCUAACACACAACUUUUCAGAGACUGUAAUUAAUGAGUGAAGAGAAAGUGGAGAGGGGAUUGGUUAACAUAUGAACAAACAAACCACACCACAAAUACCACGUGUGUGUGUGCGUGUGUGUGUGUGUGUGUGUGUGUGUGUUUACCUGCAGGUGUGUGUUUUGUUGACUGUGAGUCAGCAUGUGGUUGAGCUGACGAACCUGCUACCCUCAAGAUGACGACAGGAUUAGGACACAAUACGUACUGAGCUACUAUAUAUAUACUGAAGGUGUGUGUCCAGGAAAGAAAGAAGGAGACAGAGAGAGGGAGAGAAUUAUUUCACAGUGGAUCUGGAGCUUUUUCUCUUCCUGUUUCCUUCUCCUGUAAUUCAGUCUCACAUAUUAGCUUGAGCUGACAGAAUCUGUCUUUGACUGACUUUGAUUCCUCUUAAGACGUUGGGAAGGAUCAAGAGUCUUUAGUGUGCUCAGGAGGAAGCAGUGACACAUGUUUUUAUUUUGUUGUCUUUGUACACAAGCACACAGGAUUAAAUAAAACCAUGUCUGAUUAUGGAUUUCCACCUGCAAGAUUUUUUUGAAGAGGCAUCUUCAAUAUAAACAUGCUUAACACAUUAGAAAUAACGGCAGAGUGCAGUUGUGAAGCCUGUUAGGGCGAGAGCUCACCUCUCCUGAGUGAAGCUGCAUGCUCUGUCUCCCCCUUGUCCCCAAAUCUAAUGAGGGAAGAGGGAAAACAGAUUGAAUACAGAUACCAGAAAGAAGAUAGAAAGACAGAGCCAGGAUAGGUAGCAAAUGUGGACCAGAACACACCCCCUAUUGGAUAAGGCUGUACACUCUAACACCCUGUCACCCAGGUUGAAUGAUGUUGCAGGGAGGAAAUAGUAAAAAUAUGUAUGGCAGCAAGCAAAGCCAUGGUAUGUAGCCUGACUGGACACCUAGGGCUGUAAAGUUGACUUAGUGGUCGAUACGUGCUGAGUCGACCAAAAUUCUGAUUGGUCGACUCAUUUUUUUUCUGUGUCAAUUUACAGUCUAUGGCUGUGUCCGAAAUGGAUCCCUAACCCCUAUAUCGGUUGACUAACAUGGCUCUUCACCUCCCAACUCACUGGAGACCGGCUGGAGACAGGGAGGUGAAGAGCCAUGUUAGUCAACGCCCGGUGGUUUGCUGAAUAUUUGUUUUUAUUUUGAGCAUUUCAACUUUCAUUGCCUUCAAUUGCCUUCUUGUGCUAUCAGUAUAUUUUUACUCUGCCGAGACACGUCGUCCCCCACCGUCGAUUUUUGGUCGAAAGUUUCAGGGUUUUAGUCGACCAAGAAUUUCUUUGGUUGAUUACAGCCCUAGACACACCCCCAAGUAAACAGAGAAAAACGUUUGUCAAGAGAUGUCAGAAAGGGCGAAGAAAAGGUAGAGCAAGGCGAGAAAGCCAGACUGGAUAAGGACGCAUCCAGCUGGGUUAGACUGCAUGCUCUACCUCCCCCUACUCCCCCUAGUCUAGUGGGGUCAGGAAGACAAAACAGUAAGUAGGUAGAUCCCAAAAAGAUGCUUAAAAGAGGACAUUAUCAGGGUAAUAAGUCUGUUAGCGGUAGAGCUCACCUCUUCUGCUAGUUGAGGCUGGAUGCUCUACCUCCCCCUAGACACCCAGUCAAAUGAAGAUGGAGAGGGACAACAGUGUGUGAAAAGUUUCCUGAAGGAGGACAUGGAAAGCAGAGCCAGAGUGAGAAGCCAGUCUGGGCUGGGACAGACCCCUGCAGCAUGAGGCUGGACGCACCACCUUACUUUGCUCUUCUAUUUUAAUGAAGGAAGAGAGAAGAGGAAGAGGAGAUGAAUGAGUAGAGAUUAAAAUUCUGACAUAUAAAGAGAGCAUGUAUUCACUGUCUUAAACUGGAUUUCAACAAUCUCAAAGAAUUGGUUCUGCUCGGGUUUUACAGUUUUUCCAAGGAUACUGAAUUAUCAAAAACUGGAAGCACAACUAUUUGCAUUUUCCUUUGCUGUGGCUGUCAGGGUCACAAGUUUGAGUUUACUUACUGUAACACACACUCAGAUAUAGACAAACACACACAGAAACCCUUCAGGCUGAGAUUUAGAUCUGUGUUUGAGCUGCUGAUGGCCCGUUGCAUGCUGGGUGGUCUUGAAUGCUACGCGGCGCGUGAUGUCAGAGGGUCCUGGCAGAGCUGUAGGAAGUGUCUGUGUGUAUCUGUGAGUGUGUGUUUCUAAAGUGAGUGUGAUCAUGAGUUCAAGAGUGUUUGUGUUUAGGCUAUCUGAAGCUCUCCUCUUUAUCUCAGUCUCUCCCUCACACUCACUCUUGUGUGUCUGUCCUGUGGAGGACACGCAGAGGUCGUGAAGAGGUCGAGGUCCAGUCAGUGACUCAUCCGGCACUUCCUACUUCCUCUUUCUUCUGCAUCCGCGUCCUGUUUGUCCAAGAAUCGGACAGAAACCUGUAAGAUUCAAAGAAACUGACUGAUGACUGAAUAAUUUGGAAAUGACGUGGACCACCUGUUUCAAACCAACCUGAUCUGGCCAGUGACGUAGGAUUAAAUCGGCGUCACCUACAAAAAGCGUGUUACCAUGGUAACCCCAUCAUAAUUCUCUUGUGUUUCCAGGUUGUCUUGGCGACACCCAGUUCUGCUUCCGCUUCCGUCAGGGUUCAAAUCGGAAGUCGUCGCUCGGCUGCUUCCUGGAAAACACAGACCGUGACGCUCCGCCCUGUCUGAAGGUUGAGACUCACACACACACACACACACUCACACACUCUACACACCUGGAUCAUCUGGUUUAUUGGUAUAAUACUGUUUUCUUUAUUUGUGUGUUCCAGAGAGACCAGGGACAUUACUACGGCUACGUGUAUUUCCGUCAGGUGCGAGACAAAUCCCUGAAGAGAGGAUACUUUCAGAAGGUCAGAGUCAAUCAUAUUGCAUUAAUAGGACAUGACUCAGCAAUAAAUAUGUUGAUCUUCGAGUCCGUGUGGUCAGCAGACAGAUUAAUGUGAUGUUAAAGCUCCUUUGGGGAACUUUUAAACAGUGUUGAUUAAAAGUUCAUUUUUUCUCUUUCCUUUUCUCACUCAUGUGUAAGUUGUAUUUUUACUAAAAAAGAAAAAAAAUCUCCUUUUGAGUUCUUAAACCUGGUUGGGAGCAGCACCACUCAUUUUAUAAUAAUAAUAAUUAUAUAUAUGUUCUCUAAUAUCUCUAUCUUUACAAGGAGAACUGUGAUUGCAAGCUAACCCUGUAGCCAGUCUACUGAGGACUUCUGGUGAUUAUUUACUAUCUGGCAGGUUUUUAAUCCAACUCUAAAGAGCUGUGUUUGUGCAGUAGAUGAGAGACGCUAAGAUGCCUGAUAAUGUAACAUUCUUUUAUAUUUUUGUGGGAAAAAUUCAAUGUGUUGUUCUGUUCAAAGAAGGAGACAAUAAGUUUUACAAAGUCUGUCAACCGACUUUUCUCUCCUGGUUUUCUUGAUGGUCACGUUUGAUCAGGAACAGCCGAAGAGUCAAAGUUCAACAUGCAGCAGGAUUGUUGUCUUCUUUAAGCAAAGGGAAUGUUUAUAGACAACCUUUACACAUGGAACCAUUUUCACAUGAGCUUUGUCCACAGAGAGCAUUAUAUGGUUGCGCAUUGGUUAUUGUUGCUGUUUGUGUGAUUUUUUAAUUUUUUAUGUUUAUGGUCAAAUAUGUAUUAGUAUGUCAACCUGAAGACAUGUUUACUGCUCGAUUGUGUUUGAAAGGUUUGAGGUUCUACUUGCAUUAAUGCGCAAUAAGGAGCGUCAAAAAAAGCAUCUAGGAUUCCCAAACCAACUAUUUAUUUGUCUCUCUCAGACUCUCACUAUGAUCCGUUACUGUAAAUGAAAAACAAAGCUGUUAGUAAAGUGUGCUUUCUUUAUCUCACUUCAGUUAACACCUCCUUCGCAGAGGUGGGAACAAGCUGUUCAAAUAACUGUGUAAGAAGUAAAUCGUCCUGCUUGCUUUGUGGACGCAGUAAUCAGAUAAAAAAUACUCCUUUAAAAGAGCUUUAACUUGUUAAAUGAGGAAAUUAAUUCUAACUAUAGUUCUUCCAGUAUACAAACUCAUAUACUCUUGAAUCUCUUCCAGCUGUAUCUGUAUGCAUUUUCUCAUCCUUUUCGCACUCUUUAUUUAAAUAUUUUGUUAGAUGUUCGAUUAAUUAAACUGAUUGUGAUUCCUUCACAGUCUCUGGUCCUGAUCAGUAAGCUGCCCUAUGUGACCUUCUUCCACUCCCUGCUGAAGAUCAUGGCCCCAGAGUAUUUUGAGAAACAGGAGCCGUGUCUGGAAGCGGGUAAGUCUGAUUGCAUGUCACAGUCUGUACAUGUUCUGAUCAUGUUCUUCAUAUGAUACACAUACGGACACAGAGAGAGCGUUCUGCCUCUGCUCUGCGUUUAUCUUGUUUUCCGGAAGCUUGCAGUCAAGUCAUUAGUUAAAGCCAGACCAGCAGACCACGAAACAGAAGGAUCAUUUGGAAAAGAAGGGCAGGUUUGUGAAUUAGUUGGAAAUUGUAAACAUUUAUAUUAUGUAAUUUAGGGAUGUUCCCGUCGGUUAAUUUCACUGACGUUUAAACGACCAUUUUGAAACCGAAUAUUCAAAUACACGAAAAUUAAUGAACUCCCAGAAAAUAGCCCAAAUUGAGCACAUGCCGAUCUAUAUGGCCAGAUAUCAUCUGAAAUAAAUAUUAAGAGUACAUUAAAGCCAUGCUUAUAAUAUUAAAAUAUGUUACAGAAUCUUAUUUUAGCGCUGGAGAAUGACAGAAAGUACGUGAAAGAUCAAAGCAAUUAAGCUCUGCUGCGCUCAAGCCAAGCAGCCUGCUGCGUCAUCGGCCUGCCUCACACCAGAAGAACACUUUAUCUAAAUCAAAAAUCUCCCAAACUUUGCUCUUUUAUCUCACCGACAUCGCUCUGGCUGAUCGCAUGUGUUGAUUCACUCUGAGGAAGUUAACCCGCGAUGCCAUGCAUGCUGCAGGCCAGCGCUGCGAGCCCAGAGCAGCGAGCCAGGCAGAAAGAGUCGCACGCAAAUGAUCCACACAUUUUAGCUUGUUUAAUGCACACUUUUAUUAAGACAUGAGGGUAAAAACAUAAUUAAAAAAAAAAACAAAAGAAGCUUUUUUUUGCUAUUUGCCCCCCCCCCCCCCCUUUUUUUAAUUUUUUAAUAGAAUAAACGAAUAUUAUUUACUAAACAGAUAGUAAGGACAGCCCCGUUUACACGAAUAUCCAAAUAACCGCGCACAUCCCUAAUGUCAUUGCCUUGCAGACUGCUGUCUUCAGUGCUACCCCUGAUUUAGCCUCUCUCUAAAUGGACACUUUACCUAUACCUCCUUCACCAUCAGAAACUCUUGACUUUCUUUCCAAGGGUUGUUAGUUCAGGGGGGAAUUUUGUCUUCACCAGAGAUAGGAGGAGUUAGAAGAGAGUGGGGACAAACUGUCACAUAAAGCUGCUACGCCCUCUGCACUGGUCAGUCAAGCACAGUAAAACCAUUGUUAGCAAACCACUUUCUGGUAGUUUUGGUGCUGUGGGCAGGUGCCAGGUCAGGUGUAUCUCCAUCAAACUUCCCAGCAGCUGAUCCUCUUCCUCUCUUUUCUAUGAAGCACACAUUUUGGCCUCACUGUGAUGGUUUAUUUGGAUACAGAAUUUUCCCAAGUUGCACACCUCUCUCUGCACCCUGAUUUUUAACCCCUUCUAAAGUAAAAUGGAAAUAAAAUGAAUUUGUUCCGAACAGCCUCGAAAGCACUAAAGGUGGUCUCUGGAAAAUACUCCGAACAGUUUAUACAAAAAUAUCCUAAUGAAAACUCUUCAGUGUGUUUUAUCAACCAUCUGGACUCGUGACAGGGACACUUGACAAAUUCAAUUAACCUUAAUUGUAUGAAGGUCACAGAGUCACAGAAAGCUCAGAGACAGAUUUCUUCAACUUUAGAACAAAAGCGCCACUUCAACCUUUUUUUCUGCACUCUUGCUUUUAGGUACUUCAUCAAACACCUCUCUGUUAAGCUUCAGACACAAAGUGGAUGAUAACUUGAUGAAUUUAUUCAUUUGAGGCUCCGAUCCAACAAAUCCUGAUUCAUUAAGCUAAUGUUUGCUUCUUUGUUUGAUGAACAGCUUGUAACGACAUAGAUCGCUGGCCGACGCCUCAUCCUGGACGAAUCCUCACGCUGCCUAUAAUGGGCGUUGUCAUCAAGGUAAAUGCAGACACGCAAAAAGCGAAACGCACACACGGUGAACUCAGUAGGUGGAGAUCAGCAAAUGCCAGUCAGAACUGUCUCUGCAGCUGAAACCUAGAGGUGGCAUUAAACAUUACUGUUCAAACACAACCCUUCAGUAUAAACACUCAAGACUUACAGACAUUUUGCUUUAAUCACAGACUUUUUUCUGUAUAAGAUGCUGAUAGCUACUGUUGUUACCCAUCAGUCUUCAAACUCGGGUUUUUAGGGCUUAGGUUAGGAUUUCUCCUGUUGCUGUGUUGAUGUCCUUUUAGCCAGACGUGGACAGAUUUUAACUCGUGCUGAACAACUGAGUGAAUUUGUGCGAUUGCAACAAAGUGGGAUAUGCUGUAUUGGGAUUUGUGAUUAUAAUGAGUGGUUUUAGGACUCUACCUGCUUUGACAUAAAGGAAUCUGCUGAAAUGAGGCUAAAAAUACCUAGAGUGACUCAGGACUCGUAUUCUGUCCACGUGCAAACAAUCAUCAGCACAGACCAGCAGAGACGCCAUCAUCAAUAUUUGAUUAAAGCGGGCUGGUGAAAACUCUCAGUGAAAAACACAGCUGUGUGUCUGUGCUUCGUCUGCUGCAGGUUCGCAUCCCCACCUGUUACGACAAACCAGGAACCUCCCAGCUGGUCCAGUCUGCCCAGGUGAUCCCUCAAUAAUAACACACCUAUGAAACAGUUCUAUUAUUGGUCAUUUAUUGAUCGUUUUAAAAAUGUGUUUCUGUUCUCCAGACUGACAGUCAGGUGUCCAUCGUGCUCCCAACCAUCCAUGAAGUCGACCUUUUCAGGUGAGGACAGCAUGGUACUGUUUUAUCCUCUGCUUCCACCUGCUGGUCAGCUGUGGUACUGCAGCAGCGUCACCCAUGGCAACCCUCAGGGGCUUUUGGCGUCACUGAUGUCAUUAUUAUGAUUUUCAGCAAAUAAACUCCAUAACUGACUCCUUUAUCAUGUAAUCUCUAUUUAAUCUCUUUUUUUCAGAUGUUUCUACCCGGUCUUCUUCCACAUCCAGAUGCUCUGGGAGUUGGUGUUGUUAGGGGAAGCUCUCGUGGUCAUGGCCCCGUCGCCAGCAGAGUCUUCAGACACUGUGUUAGCGUUGGUGAGGUGAGUUUGAGAAAAAGCCUCGCAGGUUUUUGUUCCAGCAGAGGGAAAUUAUUAAGUUUGGGGUUUUAUUUGAUUGGGUCAGGGAUGAGGGUAGACUAACUAGUCCUGUGUCUUAAAAAAAAAAAAAGUUUUACCUCCUCAUGAAGCCGAAAGUCAUUCAGAUAUUCCUCUGUCUGUUCUCUCUGCAGCUGUAUCUCUCCUCUGCGCUACUGCAGCGACUUCCGGCCGUACUUCACCAUCCAUGACAGCGAGUUUAAGGAGUACACAACCCGGACUCAGGCGCCGUGAGUGCAGAUGACUCAGCUCUGUUUUUGGGUGUUUUUGCUCUGGACACAGACCUGCAGCUCUGAGUUGUUUGUAGAUCCAUUUCCACCUCAGGGUCUGCAUGUGAUUGAACCAGGCCUAUGUGAUAUGAGGAUGUAAUGAACCCAAAUAAAGAAAUAAGAGCAAAAGAGAGAAUAAAUUUUCCUACUGUUUAGUAUGGAGCAGUGUCUGAGGUUUGAAUCAGGCUCCUUACUCCUGUUAUCGUGCACGCAGCUGUUUUAGUACCUGUGAAUAAUUGAAGCUCUGUUUCCCUUCUGCAGGCCGUCAGUCAUUCUAGGAGUGACCAAUCCUUUCUUUGCUAAAACUCUGCAGCACUGGCCGCACAUCAUCCGCAUCGGAGACAUGAAGCAAGCAGGUAGAUGUGAAAGUCCUUCUGGUCAGGAAGUUUUUAAAUUUUUACUCUUGAGUUCAGCAGAAAACUGUCAGAGUAUUUCAGCUCGGCACAGUCCACCUCACCUGUUCUUAAUCCUCAGAAACAAUCUCAGCGUAAAUGUUACAAACUUGAGUACAUCAGCUGUCCUGUAACAUGAAGGAUAAAAACGUGUCUGAUUUCUCCGUCUGUCUCUUCAUCAGGAGAAAUGGCCAAACAGAUGAAGGUCAAGAAACUGAAAAACCUCAAAACCCUGGACUCUAAACCUGGUAAACCUUCACACCCUGCAUGGAUCUUCUGUUUCCUUUCUGCCAUGAUUUCUGUGUUUUGAUAUGGAGGAUUCAGCCUCUUAUGAAAACUGAAACUCUAAAUUUUGAGCAAACCCUCACAAAAACUUUCGAUUAUUCUAGUUAAAGAAAUCACAACGACACGAAACAAGUCUGAUACAGAAAGAUGCGCCAUGACAUGAAAUAGCUGUAAAAACGAAUGAAGAGCUUCUUUAAAUCUCUGUUCUGUCUGCUGGACGCCAUAAACCGAAGAGUUUAGUGAAGUGAAAAGGUUUUGACAAACAGUUUCACUGCAUUUCUGAAUAAACAUCAGCUCACUGAUAAAGAAGCAGACAUGCUGAGCGUCUCUCUCUCUCUGUUACAGGUGUGUACACUGCGUACAAGCCGUAUCUGAACAAAGACGAGGAAAUCAUCAAACAGCUUCAGAAGGUUUGAUAAGUUUGUGUUUUUUGAACUUGUAAUAUCGAACCACGAAACCGUCAAAAGCUUUUAAACUUCAUUUUCAUUGAUUUAUUGACACACAUUAUGAAAUACAGAGGAAAGAAGUACAGACAACAUUUUCAAAAUAAAUCAAUCAAAUAUCAGGAUCAGUGAGUUAGAUCGAUUGUAGAAUAAAGAGAGGAAUUCAGAUGAUUUUUGCUCCAUUUUUUGAUCUUCUAUCAGUUUGUAUUAUCAUGUUGUAUUGUAUUGAAGAUUAGUUCCUCUUAUUUGACCACUUCAGAAGUGUGUUUCAGAGCAGAGGUCCAAAAUCAGUUUGUUUGCAUUCUUGGAGCACCAAUGAGAGGGUGAAGUGCCAUUAUACUUUAAAACCAUAUAAACACAAACUUUCAGGCUUGGUUAGGAGUUACAUGUUGUAGUUCAGAGGAGCCUAAUUAACAGAUAAACGAAGCUCCUUUUUAACUGAUUUGAUAUAAUAAGUUUUUUUUUGCUCCAUUGAUUAGAAAGUGAAUCCAAGGAGAAUCCUUUUCAGCGCUCUCUGGUGUUUAAAACAGACAUUAUGAGUCACAGUUCAUGUUUCCUUGAGUUUGGUACCAGACGUCACCUUUACCGUAAUGUUGCACUGCACCCUUACCAGUCACUUCUGAAACAACAGUCCAGACCACAGACAGGACUGGUUUCAGAGGCUGUAGUGGUUUAUCUGCAGCUGAGGUGAAUUUAGACGAUCAUCAUGAGUCAGUGCUGCUCAGUGUUGAAGGCCGGCUGCUACAACAUGCAUCAAUAUUCUCCUAAAUGCAAGAGUAGAUCAGUGUUCAAUGAUUGUAUUGAUUUAUGAUUUUUGUUUUUCAGGGGGUUCAACAAAAGAGACCCUCACCGGCCCAGAAUGCAAUUCUUCGACGCUACUUUUUAGAGCUGACACAGAGCUUCAUCAUUCCCCUGGUAAGACCCAAUUCUUUGUCUGUUUAAUGACGAUUUAUAUCAUUAAUUCUAUAUGUGAAGAGCUGUGCUGGCUUUAAUACUUAUUUAUGGUUACUAACAAGUUAAUAACCAACCUGCUGAAGAAACAUUUUGAAAAAUCUCUAUUUGUUAAAAAAGGAGGGUGAAUUUUGGGCUUAAAGAAAGCAGAACCAGGUGAUACAUGAUUUAAUUACUCUAUGCACAUUGUGAUUCACUAUAGAUGGUUAUCUCGACAAUUAUCAGGCCUUAGAGGGAUUUUUGAGUAAUUCUUGAAAUAAAAAUCACAUUAGGUUAUGCCAUAGAUGUUAAAGGCACCAUCAGGAGUUUUUAAUCCGCUGAGAAACACACUCAGACUGAUCCUGGUGCGUCUUUAUGACCCAAACUGGACCAUUAAAAACAUGACGAUAAUUUGGGCGUAAUAGUUUUUAAUGCUGCUCAGAGGGAGAAGAUGGCACACCACAUGACCAACAGCAGAAAAACACUCUCGUUUACUGUUUUCACAGCAAAUAGAGUGAAAAUACUACUUCUAUAUGUGCGAGACAGCAGAUAAGAGGUAUACCUUUGUCCACAGGGGGCGCCAAUAUCAAUACAAACAGGCAGCAGAUUUUACUGUCAUACGUCAGUGCUAAUAAAUCAAAAUACCGACCCUGAAAUAUGUGACGUGCCUCUUCCGGGCUCUUUAGAUUGACUUCCCUCUAAAGUCCCUCGUGGCCGAAAAAAGCCACUUUUUUUGUCUGCUGUAAAAUCAUAUUGGAUUAAUAUUUUUUUCUGAUUUUUUUUUCACACAUCUUUUAUUUUACUUCUGCCCUGUUCGAAACUAGCAAAUGUUUCAUUGAAAACAAUUUUUUUUAACCCUUUAAGUGCCAAUUUAAGACAAAAAGUCACUAAUAGGGCAAAAAAUUAAAGGAAAAUGACCCAUUUUUUUAUAAAACAUGAUCAGAAACUGGUAAUCUCUAGCAGGGUAUCAGAGUCUUGAAUAUGUCAGAGAUUAGUAAUAUCAUUGACUUAGAUGCCUUUUAGGUUUUUCUGUAGCAUCAGAUUUAAUGAAAAACUGCGUUUGGCGCCCCUCAGUGGCCAAAACUACUUUUUCUGCUGUAAAAUCGUAUUGGAUUAAUAUUUUUUUCUGAUUUUUUUUUCAUACAUUUCUUAUUUUACUUCUGCCCUGUUCAAAACUAGCAAAUGUUUCAUUGAAAAUAAAAAUUUUAACACUUUAAGGGCCAAUUUAAGACAUAAAGUCACUUAAAAAGAAAAAAAAAAUGGAAGGAAAAUUUUAAGGAAAAUGACCCAUUUUUUUUAUAAAACAUGAUCAGAAACUGGUAAUCUCUUGCAGGGUAUUUAAGUCUUGAAUAUGUCAGAGAUUAGUAAUAUAAUUGACUUCAAUGCAUUUUAAGUUUUUCUGUAGCAUCAGAUUUAAUAAAAAACUGCCUUUGGCGCCUCCCAGUGGCCAAAACUACUUUGUCUGCUGUAAAAUCAUAUUGGAUUAAUAUUUUUUUCAGAUUUUUUUUCAUACAUUUCUUAUUUUACUUCUGCCCUGUUCAAAACUAGCAAAUGUUCCAUUGAAAAUAAAAAAUUUAACCCUUUAAGGGCCAAUUUAAGACAUAAAGUCACUUAAAAAGCAAAAAAAAUGGAAGGAAAAUGGAAGGAAAAUGACCUUAUUUGCUUCAUAAGAGACUUUUUGUCUUAAAUGGGCCCUUAAAGGAUGAAAAUUUUUAUUUUCAAAGAAACAUUUGCUAGUUUUGAACAGGGCAGAAGUAAAAUAAGAAAUGUAUGAAAAAAAAUCUGAAAAAAAUAUUAAUCCAAUAUGAUUUUACAGCAGACAAAGUAGUUUUGGCCACUGAGGGGCGCCAAACGCAGUUUUUCAUUAAAUCUGAUGCUACAGAAAAACCUAAAAGGCAUCUUAGUCAAUUAUAUUACUAAUCUCUGACAUAUUCAAGACUUUAAUACCCUGCAAGAGAUUACCAGUUUCUGAUUAUGUUUUAUUAAAAAAAUUGGUCAUUUUCCUUCAUUUUCCUUCCAUUUUUUUUGCUUUUUAAGUGACUUUAUGACUAAAAUUGGCUCUUAAAGGGUUAAAAUUUUUAUUUUCAAUGAAACAUUUGCUAGUUUUGAACAGGGCAGAAGUAAAAUUAGAAAUGUAUGAAAAAAAAUCUGAAAAAAAUAUUAAUCCAAUAUGAUUUUACAGCAGAAAAAGUAGUUUUGGCCACUGGGAGGCGCCAAAGGCAGUUUUUUAUUAAAUCUGAUGCUAAAGAAAAACUUAAAAUGCAUUGAAGUCAAUUAUAUUACUAAUCUCUGACAUAUUCAAGACUUAAAUACCCUGCAAGAGAUUACCAGUUUCUGAUCAUGUUUUAUAAAAAAAAUUGGUCAUUUUCCUUAAAUUUUUCCUUCCAUUUUUUUUUGCUUUUUAAGUGACUUUAUGUCUUAAAUUGGCCCGUAAAGGGUUAAAAUUUUAUUUUCAAUGAAACAUUUGCUAGUUUUGAACAGGGCAGAAGUAAAAUAAGAGAUGUAUGAAAAAAAAUCAGAAAAAAAUAUUAAUCCAAUAUGAUUUUACAGCAGACAAAGUAGUUUUGGCCACUGGGAGGCGCCAAACGCAGUUUUUCAUUAAAUCUGAUGCUACAGAAAAACUUAAAAUGCAUCAAAGCCAAUGAUAUUACUAAUCUCUGACAUAUUCAUGACUUUGAUACCCUGCAAGAGAUAACCAGUUUCUGAUCAUGUUUUAUAAAAAAAAUGGGUCAUUUUCCUUAAAUUUUUGCUAUAUUUGUGACUUUUUGUCUUAAAUUGGCACUUAAAGGGUUAAAAAAAUUGUUUUCAAUGAAACAUUUGCUAGUUUCGAACAGGGCAGAAGUAAAAUAAGAGAUGUGUGAAAAAAAAUCAGAAAAAAAUAUUAAUCCAAUAUGAUUUUACAGCAGACAAAAAAAGUGGCUUUUUUCGGCCACGAGGGACUCUGGAGGGUGAAAAUUUGUUCUGGCUUUAUUAUUGACCUGGUGAAAAUGUUGAAUUCAUGUUUUCGAGUAGAAUUUCAAAUUAAGCUUAGAAAAAAAAAUUCAUCACAUUUGCUGCAGUAAAAAAAAAAAAAUAUCCAAAUAAGUCUCUUGUUUUUUCGUCAAAUGGCCGAAUUCGGCCACAGGGACCCGGAAGGGUUAAUAAAACCAGUAUGAUGAUCUUUGAAUGAAAGUAUUACAUAAAAACCUUCACUUUAUUUUCCGUUCACUCAAAUAUGUCGACAGAUUUCAGGUCAUUAUGAAACACCCCUGUGUGUAUUUCAGGAACGAUACGUGGCCAGUCUGAUGCCUCUCCAGAAGUCCAUCAGUCCCUGGAAAGCUCCUCCUCAGCUGAGACCGUUCAUCCAGCAGGACUUCAUGAAGACGCUGGAGAAAGCUGGACCUCAGCUCACAUCCAGACUGAAAGGAGACUGGAUAGGACUCUACAGGUACACACACACACACACACACAUCCACGCGUGCACAGUUGAGUCUGGUUCUGCUCGAGGUUUCUGCCUGUUAAAGGCAGAUAGACUGUAUGUUAUUCUGAGCUUAAUGUGGACGGACCGGACCUGUGUGUUUCUUUUCAGGCACUUCCUCAAGUCUCCAAACUUUGACGGCUGGUUCCGAAACAGGAGGAGAGAGAUGACCCAGAAGCUGGAGGCUCUUCACCUGGAGGCGCUGUGUGAGGAGGUGAGAGAGUGGCUGCGGUUUAGGGCCGUCCCUCUUUAUGUCAAUGUCACUUUUAUUUCUCAGAGUUUGAUCGAGGGUUCACGUCGUUUGAACUUCCUGUACUUCUGUAUCCAUCUCUCUUUUUGUCUCGGUGUCUUUAGGACCUGCAGGAGAGGGUCCAGAAGCACUCAGAGGUGGAGACGGUCGAUCUGGUCCUGAAGCUGAAAGAUAAACUGGUCAGUGUGAAAUCUGUCGAAGCUCAAAGACUUGGUUUACUCCUCUGUUAGGUCUAAACUGAUAAUUCUGGUUCUGCAUUAACUCCUCAGUGAAUAAGAAGACUUCUUCUUCAUCACUGCUGUUUCUUUUCGUGAAGUUGUCGAAGUUUGUAGGUUUUUUUCCUCGCUAAGACUUAGUUCAUCAUUCCUCCAGGCUCUUAUCUUCCACUGUUUUUACAUGAAUCCUCCAUAUACAGGUGUCAGUGUGGUAUGAAGCAGGACUUUAAGGGUUAAUCUUUUUUUUCUCUAUCCUCUGUAGAGUCAGGCUGAGAGGGAGCAGCUCCCAGUGCGUCCAGGGACUGUGGCCAAACUGCGUGCUCAUAUCGAGGCCGUCAUCCUGUCGUUACCGGAGGACCUGCAGGGGAUCCUCCACAAACCCUCCACCCCCUGACCUCUGACCCCUGGAUUGAGCUUGUUUUAAAGUUUGGGGAAUCGUGGGUCGGCUCUCUGCUGGAGGGAUCUGUUGAUUUCAGACCAGAACCUCUCAUGGCAGAUCAUGGAAAGCACAUUUUUUUCCCCUCAAAUACACAUCCAAUUAUAUUUACUUUCACUGCUGCUGUGGCAGCCCCGAUAUCUCAGCGAUGAAGAGGUUUUGAAAGAACCAGCUGGUCCCAUCUGGAGCUUCUGUGCAGUUUCCAGGAGCUGAAACUGACACGAGGAGCCUCAGUAAGGAAGUUUUCCACCACCCGAGCAAGUGGCCCCUCUGAGAGUCACCACACCUUCUCCAGCAUUCAGCUCGGUAACAGAGGUUUCAGAUCUGAGUUCAAAAAGGAUUUCUCACAGACCUGGAGCAGAGAGCAGGAAGAGAAACUCCACAGAACCUCGGCGUUUUGCCUCGCAGUGUUUUUAGGUUUUACUUUUUUAACUUGAAGAUGAAAUGCUGCAGUCAGGUGGAUCAGACUUUCAUCCAUUUUUAAUUAAAAAAGAAGUGCACUUCAUUAUUCACUGGACCAGAGUGCCCUUCACACACGCACACACACACACACACAGACACACACACACACACAGAAAAACACUUAUUAUGCAAAAGAAACUGAACCGAGCAGAGCCAAGCAGUGCUUUAUAUGUGAAUCUGACUAAAAUGUAAAAGCAAAGUGGCCGUGAAGUUCAAAGCACAAACAUUUAAUGACAAAAAAACACACAAAAAACAUUUCACUGAAUGUUAAAACAUUUGACUACGUGCUGAAGUAUCAUGAACACACCGAAAAUAUGCAAUAAAAGGCAAAAAUCAAACAAUUAAAUAACUCAUAAAUUUUCAACAGUAUUUCCAAAAACACACAAAUAUUCUACAAAAUGUUAAUAUUUUAUUGGGAAAAUGCAAAAACAUUUAACAGGAAGCAAAAAAAAGAGUUCACAAACUUUUGUCCCGUGUUGAGAAAAGUUUUUACAUUUCAGGAAAAAGUGUUGCACUCAUAGGAAUAUUUUUAUUUUUUAAAAAUACCUUCAUUCACUGAUUUUUUUUUUUUUUUGACAUUUAGUGAAAUUUAUUUGCAACUUUUAAAAAUGUCUUUGCAUUUUAUGAAACAUAUCUUUGCUUUGUUCAUUAGAGAAGUGUUUUUUUCUUUCUUUGACAGUGAAUUGUUUUUGCAUUUCCUGUUAUGUUUUUGUUCAGUCAAAUGUGUUCAUGGUCAUAAAAUAUUGUGCAUUUGACCUUCAGUGCCACCGUAAACACACAGACAGCAUUAAGCACCAGCAAACCUGUAAUAACUGUUUGCAGAGGAGCAUCCUCAGGAGCCAAUUACAACUCUGCAUCCUGGUCACAUGAUCAUGGCAGUCUGAAAAUAUAUCCACUCUUAUCCUGAAACAUCCUGAGGGGGCUGAUGAUUAAUGUUACAUUUGUAUCACUCUCUAGACUGAACUCUGAACUUGCGUGUCACUCUUGUCAUGUGAAAACCUAAAGAGAGCGAGAACAAACAGAAAUGUGGGACGUGAGUAUGACGACACACGCCAUGUUAAAGAAACAAUUCUGUAAUUUGAUUUUAAAGUUUGACGCAUGUCCCAUCUGUUUACAUGGAGGAGGUGGGCUUUAUGACCUAUAGGUAGCUCCAAGUGUCGGGACUCCUCUUUGUUGGAACCAACAGGUUUUUUUCACAGUCCAGUUUGAACUGACAAAUUAUUUUUAUUUAUGCAGGAAAAAAACUCAACAGCUCGAGUUAAAGCAUUUUUGAAUAUUUUAUUUGAGUUUGACAGAUUAAUUUUUGCUUUGCCACAAAAAACAAAAAACAAACAUAACAUAAGAAAAUAAAGCCCCAACACGACUCUGAGUUACAACAUUAAUAGCUGAUCAUUUUAAACUAUAAAAGGGUAUGAAAAGAAACAGACUUUCUGUAAAAUUGGACCUAAAAUGAUGAAUUUUUGAAUUCUGAUUUCCAGUUUUUCCAUCUGUUUCUGUACUUUGCUUUUUUUCCUCAGUAAUCAGAAAAACUUGAGCUCUGGUUUGGAUGGUUUUCAUGUCACAGCAGUGACCCAAGAACUUUAUUUCAGGACUUUUAACGCCUCAAAGUUCAGGAUUUCAAAGACUCUGUCUGGCGAGUCAGCAGCUCAUAGGCAUCAUGUUGACUUUAUUGAGUUUUGCAAGUUCAUUUUUAUAUUUUUAAGCAAAUAUCUCUGAGUGUUAUUUAUUUUUUGCCAUGCACUAAUUCUUAAGCAGUUUUGUUUCAAAAGGGGAGAGACUGAAUUAAAACACAAAAAAUCUAACUUCUUUUACCACUAAAAGAGCCUAAACUCUCACGCCACAGCUGCUCCUUCACUCAGCGCACAAAAAUAUUCAAAUAAAACUGAAAUUUAAAGUGACAGGCUGUUUUAUACUCCAGAAUAAGGUGUAAAUCUUUUUUUUCAGACAGGUCUCGUUUAGCCCUAUCAGACUGUACUUUUAUUUCUAUGAAUGUAAACAAAUGGUAACGAUGGGUGGCCUCUUGUUGCUAUAGUAACAGUGUAUAUUAUCCCAGUCACAGCAGGUUUUGUCAUGUUUUAUGAAGCCUUAACAUCUGUCAGUUUUAUAUCACAGAGAAAAGAGUUAUUUUAGCUGCCACAUCAUGUAGAGUUUCAUCUUAAAAGAUGCGACACAUUCAUUGCAAACAGCAGCUGAACACUGACGUAUUCAUUAAAAGUCCAACUUUAAACUCACUAUAAUCCUGAAUGAGGAGCGAAGCAGAGAAGCUUGUUCUGUCCAGAAAGAGAUAAAGUACGAUUUGUAAGUAAACACAGGAAUCUGAGGAAUUGACAUUUACGGGUGCACUACCUGAAAUUUUGACACAGUAGAUAUUUUUAAACUGACUAAUGUAGUUUUGUUGUCAAAUUGUAUCGUUAGGUUUCUCAAAAAUUUUUGCUGUCUUGAUUCCACUGCGUACGUCAGGUUACGAAAUUUCGGCCCGAUGAAAACUUUGGCUUGAUAUCAUUUUUUCUCACUGAUGUCAUGUAGCUGAUACAUUUUGUUGUGGAAGAGCCCCUUGUCACUGCUCUAAGGGCCUGUGUCCACUAACAGUGUUUUUUGCACUUCCACUUCCUUCAGUAACGACUGUUAAAAAACUGCUCUGUAUGCAUCAUAUUUAUUUAAUUUGUUGACAUUUUACAAAGAAACAAAAUAUGCUGCUAGAAAGUGUGAAGUAACGUUAACACAGCAACUUUUCAUCUGGAAAUUGUACCUCUAGAAAAAGUGUGGUUGGUUUUGAAAAAGUUGCAAUCAAAAGUCCCGAUCCUUCUUGAUUGUGAUUGGUUGGUGAUGGAAAAGUGAUAGUGACUCACCAGUGUGACCAAAGGCUUACCUGUUUUAGUCUCAUUCAGAAAACAGGUGAUACAAGUGCAGAGGGCUGCAUUAAAUGGACACAGGCCCUUAACUGGGGCUGAAAUCGUCUGAUUUUCACCCAUUUUGGCAAUAUGUUGACUUCCUGUUAUUAAUUUUUGUCAUCCUGAAUGUCUUUUCACCUGGCGGGUUUGUGCUUCCAUACCUUUGAAACAGAAACUGUGACAAAAACUAAAUUCACCAGAAACUUGUACGCUUAUUUUUCAGGGUCCAAAUCCUCGUAGAUGAUGGCGUAACAGAGUUUUUGAAUUAUUAAUGAGAAAUUAAAAAAAAAAAAGACAAAAAACACUACUUCUAACGUUUAAGUAAAUUCUCAGCAAUGGAGGAUUUGUUGUUUUUGUUUGGCUGAAUAUGAGACUGGGGGCUUUAAGGACCGAGAGCAGAACCAAAGACUUAAUGAGUUUGUCUGAAUCUGGAAACAAAAAGUUUGAUAGUUCACUUAAUUUAGACAAGAAGAGGAUAAGUUCUUCUCUAAUCUUCUUCUCUUAAUUUCCUCACCCUGAACUCAAAUUUACUCCUGAGAGUAAGUCAGUCUGAUGAGAGCUCAGAGCUCCUUAAAGAGAAGAAAAGAAUCAACAAACUCAUUUAAAGAAAGGGAAAGUUUGCAUACCUGGAUCUAUGAAAGCUGAAUUUAAAGGCACAUUGUAGCUCUAAAUGACAAAUUAACUUUGAUUUCCUUCAGCCCGCUCUUAAUUAGCAUGUUUGGAUUAAUUUGAGGUCCUUUCAGAGUCAUUGCAAACUUUGAUUUACAUUUAAUUAUGAGGAAAGGCAUGACACGGAACGGUAAAAUUGUCUUCUGGCAGCUGCUUUCAAUAAAACUAUUAAAGGGCAAUAAUAGAAAUUAUUAACAAUAAAUUCUCCCGCUGCUGAGUGAGACACGAUUUACCUGGAUUCACGAACAUUCCUGGAAACCUAGAAACAAAAACAUCUCAAAUAAACCUGACAGCAAUAAUAGCCAAACAGGUCACUGUGUUUGUGGCCGUGACUGCACACAGACUUCGUUGUAAAAAUAGAAAACCACUUCUUUGGGACCUGUUGUCACAGUCAUGGAUUGUGUGUUUUGUCCUUUUUUUCUCUAUUCUUUGUGUAACAUGUUGUAUAAAUGCUUUGAAUUUGCCUUUCUUUUGUUACACACAUAAUUGUAAAGAAAAAUAACAAAAGUUCUGGUUGUAGAAACCUGUGACACUUCGAUGUUGGGCAACCAGACUAGUUUUAUAUUUGUAAGAAGAAGAAGAAAAAAAGAAGCUUAUUUUAACACGUUGAAUUUUUAUGGAGGAAUUUUCUCUUGUUCCUUAUUCUGUAGAGGAUGAAACGAUAUGUACAGGAAGGUGUGGAGUAAAAUGGUAGCCCAGAUAUGAUGAUGUACAAUAUUUUGUUAUGAGAACAGAUGUCUUAUGGAAUACAGAGAAAAUGAAUAUUUCUCCAUGUGCUGUUUGUUUGUUUUCUGACACUAAAUAUACAUUUUGUUUUGUUUUUUCAGCAGCUGGACUUUUGAAUUUGUUUUUUUUAAAGACACUUUGAGAAAUUUUUGAGACUUAUUUGAACAAACACUCCUUAACAAAAUCUUUAGAGCGAGUAUUUGGAUUUCAUGCUGGCGGGUCAAAAGGACUUUUUAAGAAGAAACAGCAGCAAGAGACAAAAAAUAAUGAGUAGGCAACUUAUUGAAAACUCAAACAGGCUGUUCACCAGCUGAUCCGAAGUGACAUUUUUCUUGUCAGAAUAAAACUUUCUUUCAUCUUU